AGAGCUGGGAGCCUGAAAGUUUUGGCCACCCAAAGUGAGAACUUUACUUAAUUUUCUGACACAAAAUACAUCACCAGAUGGAGAGUUGACUCUAAUUGACCCUCUUUAGCCCCCUUCAAACUUUAUAUUAUCCCUUUUUCUUUUAAUAUUUCCUCAUCUUUAUAACCCUUAAGUUCGAAUUUCUAACAGAUUAGUUGGUCAAGACGGUAUAUCUGCCCUUACAACAAAAUUUGAAUUCAUCCUCCAUAAUUUGGAAUAGUUUUUAAUAUCGUUUUGUCAAAAAAAUUAGAAUGUUUUUAAGUGAAAACUAUAUUGAAUUUUUUGGGUCGGAAGUUGUUUCAGUUUCUGACUACAUUAAGAGUGGUCGUUGUCACUGGGUCGAAUGGGACCAGAGGGGCCAUCUACCAAGACUGCUCCAUUGUUGUGGGGAUAGACAAAGCUCACUUGGGUUCCUCUCAGCCUCCAACCCCUUCGCUUCUUGUCGCUCAUUGCCACUUCUUCUCCCUCCCUCCCUCCUCACUCCUCCCCUUUUUAUUAUUCUAUUGCUAUCCCAGCUUUACAGGCCCCCUCCGUUCCUCCCUCUCUCUCUCUCUCUCUCUCUCCUCACCUACUGACUCCUGAGAGUUGGUGAGAGUUCUUUGGGCCCUCCUCCCAAAGCCAAUGCACCAGCACGCCUACAACUAGAGACAAGCAAAGCAACCGUUUUUUGGGGUUAAAAACCUGCCAUUUUUGUUCUCUGGUAAAACAAGCAACCAUUUUUGAAGGUGGAGGAGAAGAACCCAUCUGCAUUUUUCAAAUGCUUUUCACAUUUCCAUCCACUUUUUCAGUCAUCAAUGCUUCAGAGAUCUGAAAGGGACUUUCCAAGCUCUUGGGUUUUCGCAAUGAAAUUAGGUAAUCAACAAAACGAUUUCGAUUCGUCUUUUGAGCAAAGUUUGAGUGGAAGUUUUAGAAAGUUCACAUCUGGUUUGCUACAAAAUGAUAUGGGAUUGCUGUCUCCGGGCCAUAGCUCGAAUGGUAGUUUUCGGAGGUCUAACUCCGUUAUGUCCACACAUUCCGGCGCUUCAGCUUCAAGCAAGUUUGCCUCUUCUUCCAGAAGAGUGUCCAAGGGGCUAAAGGACUAUUCAAGGAAACUUGUUGACCUCGAAUUGUUCACAGAUUGUAUUCGGGAUUGGGUUUCGGAGAAUUCGUGCGAAGAUUCAGCAACUGGUUUUGGUCCUCCCUUUAUAAUCGAUGAAUUGCGCAAGCUUGAUGUGGCAUUGGAGGGUGUUUUGUUUCAGCAACUUGUCCGGAUGCCAUGCUCACCUUAUGUUUCCGGUGAUCCAAAUGAAGACGAAUAUCUUGCGUUGGAAGACUUCCUUCAUGCUGUAGUGAGUGGUUUGUGGCAUGCAUUUUGGCAUAAAAGAGGUGAGCUUCCGCUAUUUGUAUCUUGUCCGCGUUCUCUUGGAUCCAAGUUUUAUAGUGUAGAGAAGGCGAUUUCAAGGGGAGGGCUUAGAAAGCUCUGUGGUUUAGCAUUGAUAUCGAAAAUUGGGAGUGAUCAGCAAGUCCAAUGGGAUCAAAUCAUGGAGUUUGCCCUGUUUAAACCUGAUAUAUUGUCCGGAAAUGAGUUGAAAUUAUCAGCUUCCGUUGUCUGUGAAGCCCUCUUUUAUGGUUUUCAUAUACUUGUUUCUAGGUGUUUGAGCAAGGUUAAAGCUACAAAGAGCAGUUUUGUUUUCCUUUUGGUUCUGGAUUCUAAAUACGGAGGGGUGGUUAAACUUGGAGGUGAUCUUAGUAAACUCGAAUUAAACUCAACUAACCCGUACAAGUCUGCGGUUGAAUGGAUAAAGAACCAUGCUGAAGUCUCCGUUUCUCCAGUGGAUCGGCUAUGGAACAAAUUCGGGAAUGCAAAUUGGGGAGACCUAGGAACUCUGCAGGUACUUUUGGCAACUUACAACGCUAUUGUACAAUGGAAUGGGCCGCCAAGGAAGUCAAUAGCUUCAUUAGUCUCGAAUCACAGCCUUCGCCUUCAGAAGCGUAGGAUGGAGUUCUGCCUCGGCGGGAAUGAGAAUGGUCUGGUUCCUUACCUACAACAAUCUAGUCAUCAACAAGGAGAGAUUGUUGAAGUUGACCAAACUAAUAGUCAAGUUUUCAAACACAGUGCUUCGCGUUUAAAGCUUAAUCAAGGUGAGGUUUUACUGCUGGAAGAUCAACAGCAGGGGCAGAAAACUUUCCAAGUACAAGAGUCUCUGGUGGCAGGGAUCCAUUACCUCUAUAGUGCAGUUUGUCUAGAUUAUCCGACACAGUUGUUGACUUUAUACAUUGGCGCGCAUCCGACCAAACUUGAACCUUGUUGGGAGGACAUGAGUCUUUGGUACCAAGUGCAGAGGCAAACAAAAGUGCUAAAUAUCUUCAAGCAUCAGGGAAUUACAAGCAAAUAUUUGCCGGAAAUGAUUGCCUCUGGGAGGAUUUUACAUUCUGGCCCCUGCAAGAAGCAGACCCCCGGGGGUCGAUGUGAUCAUCCGUUGUGUGGGACGCCAAUACUAGUGACAUCUCCAGUUGGUGAACCUGUUUCAUAUGUUGUUUCUCAAGAUGGACCCCUUUCCCCCAAGGAGGCAAUUCGCUGCUGCAGAGACUGCCUAGCUGCUCUAAGAAGUGCCACAAUGGCAAAUGUCCAACAUGGUGAUAUUUGUCCGGAAAACAUAAUUCGUGUCGUUGACGAACAAGGUUCAAGAAACAGUGGUUUCUACGUUCCAAUAUCAUGGGGCCGCGCAGUUUUGGAAGACCGGGACAGUCCAGCUAUAAACCUACACUUCUCCUCAUCUCAUGCACUUCAGCAUGGGAAACUUUGUCCAUCAUCAGACGCCGAAAGCCUUGUUUACCUUAUGUUGUUCGUAAGCGGGGGAACAAUGCAGCAGCAGGACUCAAUCGAAUCUGCCUUGCAAUGGAGGGAGACAAGCUGGGCAAAGCGUUCGAUCCAACAACAGCUGGGUGAGGUUUCACCACUCCUCAAGGCAUUUGCUGACUACGUGGACAGUCUCUCUGGAACACCAUAUCCUGUGGACUAUGGCAUAUGGUUGAAGAGAUUCAGCAGGGCCGUGGACGGCGUGGGAGAUAGGGGUAAAAUGAUCGAAGAAGUGGCGGUAACGUUGAGAUUGAAGGACGUUGCUGAGUCCUCAGGAACAUCUGGAGGAUCCUAGUGUUUUUUGGAGGGAGUGUUUGGUUUUGUAAUUACAUUUGGUGAGAGGAGAAUCAACUGCAUUUUGUGUUAGGGGCUCUCCGGGACGUCUGAGAUUUUUACUGAUUGGUGUCGUGCAUGGCACUGUGAUUGGGAUGGACUGAGUGCAAUGUAUCUGACUUGUUUUUGUGUUCAUAAGUUCUUGUUUUGUCUUUGGAUAUGAGAUUCUGGUCUGUUUCCGUUGGAAAAA